AUGAGUGAUAUUAGAAUGAAAACAUUCGAGAUGGGAAAGGAUUAUUAUAAAAUACUUGGUAUUACCAAAGGUGCAUCGGAUGAUGAAAUAAAAAAAUCAUACAGAAAGCUUGCAUUAAGAUAUCAUCCAGAUAAAAACAAAUCUCCUGGAGCGGAAGAAAAAUUUAAAGAAGUCGCAGAAGCUUAUGAAGUAUUAAGUGAUAAAAAAAAGAGAGACAUUUACGAUCAGUUUGGAGAAGAAGGAUUGAAAGGUGGCGCUCCAGGAGGUGGUCAAGGAGGGCCUGGAACAAAUUUUACAUACACUUUUCACGGAGAUCCAAGAGCGACUUUUGCACAGUUUUUCGGUUCUUCAAGUCCAUUCCAAUCAUUUUUUGAUGCUGGCGGCUCUGGAGGUGGUAAUAGAAUGUUCUUCCAUGAUGAAGAUAUGGAUUUGGAUGAUCUUUUCGGUUUUAACGCAGGUAAUCGUCAAGGAGCUUCAGGCCCUGGUGGUUUUAGAUCGCACUCGUUCAAUUUUCACGAAAGUCCAAGUAAACAAAAAGCUAAAGUACAAGAUCCUCCGAUAGAACAUGAUCUUUACAUGUCAUUAGAAGAUAUAUUAAAUGGCUGCACUAAAAAAAUGAAAAUAUCUAGAAAAGUUUUACAAGCAGAUGGUCGUUGUAAAAAAGAAGAUAAAGUUUUGACAAUAAAUGUUAAACCCGGGUGGAAAGCGGGUACAAAAAUCACAUUUCAAAAAGAGGGAGAUCAAGGAACGAAUAAAAUUCCAGCUGAUAUAGUGUUUAUUAUAAGAGAUAAACCUCAUCCGUAUUUUAAAAGAGAUGGUAGUAACAUAAAGUAUGUGGCAAAAGUUUCAUUAAAAGAAGCUUUAUGUGGGUGUGUUGUAGAUGUACCAACUCUUACUGGGGAAAUUGUACCCAUUAACCUUACCAGUGAUAUUAUCAAACCGACGACUAUGAAAAAAUUGACUGGCAGAGGAUUACCUUUUUCAAAAGAACCUAACAAAAAAGGUGAUUUAAUAAUAUCAUUCGAUAUAAGAUUUCCCGAUAGUUUACCAAAAAAUACUAAAGACAUUUUAUACGAUGUAUUGCCUAAUUAA